AUGCCACCCGACUAUGCUGGGGUAUCCUUUUAUGCUGACCUGUCGGCCAAGACGAUGUCCAGAAGGAGGGACUUCAUCAACAUCACCAAGUGCCUCCGAAAUAACAAGGUACCUUACCGCUGGGUCUUCCCCAAGAAAAUCCUGGCACAACAGAUCUCUGACGAAAAUGGAUGA